UCAUUCAGUGACCAGAAGCACCGAGCCGUUAGACCCGGCCGGACGAAGUAAAAGCUCUCCCCCACUCCAAACUUCAGACAUGGCCGAACACCAAGCCCCAAAAUCCCGUCGUCGCCAAAUUCCACUUCGCCCCGGCCGCCUGUAGCAAUAGCAACAAGAAGCUACUCCUAGAAGAAAUGGAGGGCGACGAGAUCUUUGCAAGCCUAGACUCGCUCUGGUUCCACUCCAGCGUCCUCCACCGGCGGCCGCGCUUCAAGCAGCACUCGGAAGAGCUGAAGCCGCCCAGGAAUCAAGAUCAACAUCCCAAAUGCGUCGACGACGAGGUGACGCUGGGAGCGAGAAGAGCGGAUCCGGGAAGCAGGGCCCUCCAAGAGCGCAUCGAGACAUGGCAGGAGGAGCAGUGGCGGCAGCAGACGCUCGUCGUUGCGGCACCGCCACGGUGCUCGCCCGUCAGCGAUGGUGUCGCCAUGAAGGCUCAUCUCAGGUCGUGGGCUCAUGCCGUUGCUUGCUCGGUCAGAUGAAGGCCCUCCACCAGUUCAAAAUCUUGCAAUUUGGUACGAUUUUCCCAUUGCCUGCUCCACACAUAUAUCUGAAUAAAGACAUCUCGCCUGUGGCUUCUAAGUUUCACAUGAUAUCUCCUCUGAGCUGCACAUUUCGAUCUGCAAAUAGAGAAUAUGCACAAUUCCACUUGCA